CAAUUUCGACUUCGACAUUACCGAGUUUGAACAUGUUUGGGCUGCUCAAUGGAGACGGAUGUUGCCAUGACUACCACGCCUAAAGCGGAAAUACGAGCAAGUUGUUUCAGAUAAGCUGUCAAACCCCAAACCCAAACCAUAUUAGAUGAGAUGCAUGAAGAUAAAAAGUCAGUGUCACCAAUCAAGAGCAAUGGAACAAAGACAACCUCACGAUCUAAAAAGCAAGGUGGUUGGGCAGAUGAAACACAACAGUCUAAUAGAGCAUUCAGCGCGAUAGAAAAACGAUUUUCAUCAAUUAAACUAAAAAAGCAAGGAUCAGGAGAAGAAAUUGCAAUACCAAUAACAGCUCCAGUCACUGACUCAAAUGGUGAAGAAGACGAUGAUCUAGCCAUUACCAGCAACUUGAUGAAGGAAAAUCAUAACAGAGUUGCUGCUUACAAAGAGCUAAAUGCCAACAGUGUUACUAAGCAACACUUGGCCCAAUUUCUAGAAGGGGUAGAUCUACGAAUCCUUACCAAAAACAUUUUACCAGAAUCACAAUCAAAAGAAGCAGAUGUACCAUGGAAUUGGGAUGUACUGUUUGCUGAAAUGGUUCCUGACUUAACGCUGGAUGGAAAAAAAUCUCCAAUUUAAAACAGUAUUUUUUUUGUGUUCAAUUUCUUUUAUUGUUACAUUCUAAUACAAAACACGCCACUAUGCAAA